CUGAAGUGUCCAAACAAAAACAUAAGCAAAAAACGCGAGCAUAGGGUUUUUACAGUAAUCGAAGGAAUUGUUAAAGAAAAAAAAAAAGAAGGAGAAAAAUGGCAGAGCAGCUGACGGAGGAGCAGAUCGCUGAGUUCAAGGAAGCUUUUAGCCUUUUCGACAAGGAUGGCGAUGGCUGUAUUACUACCAAGGAGUUGGGAACAGUGAUGAGAUCACUUGGUCAGAAUCCCACUGAAGCUGAACUACAGGAUAUGAUCAGUGAAGUUGAUGCUGAUCAGAAUGGAACCAUUGAUUUUCCAGAGUUCUUGAAUCUGAUGGCACGGAAGAUGAAGGACACUGAUUCUGAGGAAGAACUCAAAGAGGCUUUUAAGGUUUUUGAUAAAGAUCAGAAUGGCUUUAUUUCUGCAGCUGAGCUUCGUCAUGUAAUGACAAACCUUGGAGAGAAGCUGACUGAUGAAGAGGUGGAUGAGAUGAUCCGAGAGGCAGAUAUUGAUGGUGAUGGACAAGUUAAUUAUGAGGAGUUUGUCCGUAUGAUGCUUGCCAAGUGAUGACUUUAAGAUUCUGUUAGCUACUAUGUAAUCUAUGAUAGCUGCUCAGUUAGUUACUACAACUUAUAGCUGGCAGACUCAGGAGCGGUUCAAGUAUAUUAGUGGCCUAAAGCGGCUCCUUAAACUUGAAUUGUUAAUAACUUUUGUAUAACUGAUUUCUUCUAGUUUUACCUGCAUCUUGACUCC